AUGGCUGAGCCCACCAACACCCCUUUCCCACCCAGCACCCCGAACCCCGCCUCUACCCCGCGAGCCGCUUCGCCCGCCUCUCCGUCCGACUUCCGCUCUCCAACAACAACGCGACCGCUCUCCGGCAGGAAGCCCGUCGUCCUCCACAUUGGCGACCCCAUUCGAUACAAUCCUGAGACCUUCCACCAGUUUGAGGCUCAAUGCGACAUCAUCCGGCCCUCCGCUGCCGAGCGUCAGCGCGAUGAGUUCAGGCGCGCCUUGCUUGAGCGCCGCUGGGGUGAGUUUGACGCCAUCUUCCGCCCCUUUUGGGGCACUGGCGGCGAGAUGGGACAAUGGGACGAGGAGCUCGUCAGCCUGCUGCCACCAAGUGUCAAAGUCUUUGCGAGCGCCGGCGCCGGCUUUGACUGGGCGGACACGAAGCUCCUCGGCGCGCGCGGCAUCGUUUACUGCAACUCAGGUCUCGCCGCCGCUGACGCCGUUGCCGACUUUGCCCUCGCCAUGAUCAUCGCCACCUUCCGCCACCUCCCCUGGUGCGUCGGCGCCGCGGGCGCAACCAACCCCGCUGCCUUCCAGGACUGCCACGAGCGCGCCACGGCCGUCUCCCACACCCUCCGCGGCCAGGCCCUCGGUCUCAUCGGUCUCGGCAACAUUGGCCACGCCAUCGCCGCACGCGCCGCCUUUGGUUUCGGCAUGGCCAUUCACUACCAUGACGUCUACCGCAAAGAGGCCGCUCUCGAGACGAAGCUGGGCGCCACGUUUCACGCCGAGCUCGACGACCUCCUGCACGUCGCCGACUGCGUCGUGCUCUGCGCCCCCUACGCAGGCCGCCACAUCAUCACGGCCGCCUCGCUGCAGCACUUCAAGCCCGGGUCGCGAUUCGUCAACGUCGCGCGCGGCAGUCUUGUCGACGAACCCGCCCUGGCCGACGCCCUCGAGGCCGGCCUCUUGAGCAGCGCGGCGCUCGACGUGCACGCCGCCGAGCCGGCGGUGCAUCCCAGGCUCGCGGCCAUGGCGGGUUCCAAGGCGUUUCUGACGUGCCAUAAUGCGGGCGGCACCGUCGAGACCCAUGCUGGGUUUGAGGAGCUGAGCAUGCGGAACAUCAUGGCCGUGCUGGCCGGACAGGCGGCGGUCACGCCCGUGAACCUGGAACAUCUGCAGGGAUGA